AUGGCCGAACCAAAGGUUGAGCAGCAAGCAUUCCCGAUGGACAAACUUGACAGGGCUGUACCGGAAAAAAUUGAAUCCCCUGUCAUCACCUUUGAGGAUGAUGAGGAUCGCAACCCUCGGAACUGGAGUCCAACGAAAAGGCGCUUUAUGUUCAUAGCACUCAUGUCAAGCUCCAUCCUGGCUGAUGGUGGGAUGACAUGGGGCUCAACGCUAAUUGUUCCUCAGGCCUUGGAGUGGAGUAUCAGCGUUAACCAUUCAGCAACAAGCAUGAACUAUGGUAUGUUACUGCAAGGAAUAGGUGGCCUUAUAGCCAUUCCCUUGAUUGAAGCAUAUGGACGUCUCCCUGUUUGGUUAUGGCCACAGUUUAUUACCACCUUCAUGGUCCUCGGUGCGACCCUUUCAGAUGAUUACGGCACAUUUACCGCAUUUCGGUCUCUCCAGGGUCUAUUCGGCACGGUCCCACAAGUUGUCGGUUUGCCGAUCAUUCAUGACAUGUAUCGUCCCGAAGACUGGCCACAGAUGAUUAAUAUUUGGGGAACUACGUUUUUGAUAGGUCCUUUUAUUGGCCCUGCUCUAGCUGGAUAUAUAGGUGCAGGAAGCAACUGGAAGGUUUCAUUUGGUAUUCUGACGGUCUUUUACGGAAUAUCUACCAUUUUAAUAUUCGUUUUUGGUUACGAAACCUACUUUGUCAAGGGCCGGCAAUGCCAACGCAAUUCCCGUUUACAAUCCAUUCUUGGAAUCAAGAACCACAACUUGCCUGUUGGCCGAACCCUCGGCUACUGGACUAAGUUAAUGGUCGUCUAUAUCUUCAAGUUACCCCUUCUUUUGACUGGCAUUGCAACUAUGGUGAACUUUUGCUGGCCAAUUGGUAUCACUGUUACCAUUUCAACAUUCGUUGCUGAACCUCCUUAUCUCUUCAAUGCGGUUCAGUCUGCCUCGUUGCGAUGGGCGCCUAUCCUCGGUGGCUUGUUCGGGUAUGCCUUUGGUUAUUGGUUCAACGGAUGGAUUGAGAGAUCUCGCCGAACGAACUGGCUCCCUGAGUACCGUCUGCAUGGCGUCUGGAUUGCUAUCGGAACCAUGGCAGGUGGUCUCUUGACCUACGGCUUCACUCUAAACUAUGGCAAGCAUUGGAUUGGACUUGCAUUUGGUUGGGGUAUGGUUGUAGCGGGUAUGAUUGCUAGCACGGUGUCCAUCACUGCGUAUAGCCUUGAGAAGUAUCCCGACCAGUCAACUGUUGUGUCUGCGAUUAUCAACGCAUGGCGCACAGCAAGUGGUUUCUCCGUUGGGUAUUUCCAGCCUGCUUGGAUUACGAGAAACGGUAUCUCGGCUGUUUUCGGCACUCAGGUUGCUGUUGUCGUUGCAGUGUUAAUCCUUACCAUUACUCCUGUUAUUGUUAUCGAGGGUCGAAAAGCUAAGGCCCAAGUUUCCCGCGCAUAA